CAUUCGCUGUGUGUCAUUCAGUAGUACAGUGUCAGUAGCCAGGAGAGGGCAGAACGGAACAACAUUGAAAGAAGAAAAAAACAUUUUCAACAUCUCUAAACAAUCUAUAAUCUGAAGGAAUAUUUAACUAGUGCUAUCAGUUAUGGCUCUCAACUUAGAUGAAUGCUACGACCAUGUGAUGGGUCUUGUUGACGAAGCUGGCAAGAUUAUUGCUGCACGAAACUAUGGCGAAAAGAGUGUAGUGGAAAAAUCUAGUAAUAUCGAUUUAUUAACCGAAACGGAUCAACAAGUUGAGCGAUUGCUGAUGGAUGGGAUUACUGCAAAAUAUCCUGACCAUAAGUUUAUUGGUGAAGAGGAAACCAGUGCGGGGAAACAGGCGGUACUAGAAAAUGCUCCAACAUGGAUUAUCGAUCCGGUCGAUGGGACAAUGAAUUUCGUUCAUAGUUUCCCACAUUCUUGUAUAUCCAUUGCUCUAUUGGUGAACAAGGUAGCGGAAAUAGCAAUUAUUCAUAAUCCAGUACUGAAUCAGACAUUUACCGCUCGUCGAGGGAAAGGAGCAUUUAUGAACGGGAAACAAAUACGAGUUUCGGGUGAAACUCGCUUGGAACAUGCACUAGCUACCACCGAGUUUGGUACCAGCCGAGAUGAGGAAAAAACUGCUGUGGUGUUGGAGAACAUCGGAAAACUUAUACGAGUGAUACAUGGUAUGCGAAGUUUGGGAUCGGCAGCCCUGAACAUAGCAAUGGUAGCGCUGGGAGGUGCUGAUUUCAAUUACGAGUUCGGUAUCCAUGCAUGGGAUAUAGCCGCCGGGGACCUGCUGGUGCGGGAAGCUGGAGGUGUUUGCUUGGAUCCAACAGGCGGCCCGCUCGAUUUGAUGUCUCGGCGAUUUUUGUGCGCUAGCACGCAGGAACUUGCCGAUAAAGUUAUUCCACUGUUGACGCAGUACUAUCCACAACCAAGGGAUUAGAACAUAAAAAUGUUGUAUAUUAUGUAUUGUUCUCAAUAGCCAAUGUCUGUGUAAAAAGUUUGUUUAGCAAAUAAUCAGUAAUGGAAUUUACUGAGAUACCGAUUAUUUUCAUCACUGAUCUGAAUCGUUGAAAAAUCUUAGAAUGUAGUGAGAUUUUAAUAUAUUUUACACCAUC